GGUGGAUGCGAGCGUAAGGCUCAGGCUGGGCGACAAGGUGUGGGAGUACCAGCUGCUGCUGCAGCCACUGGCCCGGGAGAUCGUCCCGGAAGACACCGUGCCGAAGCUCCGGGGGCGCGAGUCGAAGCGGCGGCUCGAGAUCAAGCUCUUCAAGCGGGAGAAGCAGCAGCGCUGGUCCGGCGACCUCGUGGCGGAGAGCGGCCGAGGCAAGGCGACAGGGUCGAAGGCGCAGGAGCCAGCGGAGCCGCAGAAGGGGUCCAUCCUGAAUCCGCUGACCGCCGAAGAGCUGGCGAGACUGCCGCGGCCGGGCGGGGACGGCGGCAGCAACCGGCCAAGCGGCUGGGCGCCCGCCGCGGCCGCCGCCGCGGCGGCCGCCGCGCCGC